AUGGCCUCCUGGGAGGAAUACUUAGCAGCACAACAAGCUGUUGAUGGUGUACAAUUCACAUGGAAUCUUUGGCCGCACAGUAGGGUAGAUGCUCAACGACUCGUUGUUCCUGUAGCCUGCUUUUUCACUCCUCUUAAGGAGAGACCUGCUGAUCAGCCUCAGCAACCGCCACUUGAAUAUGAUCCAGUCCUUUGCCAGAAAGCCAGCUGUAAAGCCAUACUCAAUCCUUUGUGUUUUGUCGACUUCCGCGCAAAGUCAUGGGUUUGCCCGUUUUGCAAUCAGAGAAAUCCGUUUCCGGCACAUUACGCUGCGAUCGCUGAGGAUAACCGCCCACCGGAAUUGUAUCCUCAGUUCACUACUAUUGAGUACACUUUGAAGAAGGCAACGACAAUGCCGCCGAUUUUCAUGUUUGUUGUGGACACCUGUAUGACAUCGGAAGAGUUAAAGGCACUGAAGGAAAGUUUGCAGACUGCUCUUUCAUUACUUCCUGCUGACGCGAUGGUUGGAAUUAUCACUUUUGGUAGGAUGGUGCAGUUGCAUGAGCUCAAUGUACAGGGAAUCAGCCGCAGCUUCGUUUUCAAGGUGAUUCUUUUCAAUUUCUCUUUCAAUGUUUCAUAG